UGGGAAAGAUUAUACCUUUUGACACAGAAAACCCUCCAAAUCUAGUUUUCCUCAACAGCUAAGAGAAAAAUGCAAGUCUUUCUCACAUCUUCAACACCUAAUAACCCACCUUAUCUUCACACUUUUAAUGACCCAAUUCUGCAUUCAUGUCCAUCAUUUCCACCCCCCAAUCUCUCGUUCAAUAGCAAUGUAAAAUCGAGUCGUUUAGAAGCCAUUAAAGGGUCUGGCAUAUUCUCUGCAAUUGGAAAAGCAAUUGAAGAAGAAGAGUACAGAAAAGCAAGAGCUGAAGUUCAAAGAAAAGGGUUUGAAAUUGAUGGGUAUUCAAUUGAGGGUAUUUCUGUUGGUGGGCAUGAAACUUGUGUUAUUGUUCCUGAAUUGAAGUGUGUUUUUGAUAUUGGGAGGUGCCCUUUGCGUGCUGUUCAUCAAAAUUUUGUCUUUAUUACUCAUGCUCAUCUUGAUCAUAUUGGAGGAUUACCAAUGUAUGUAGCAACUCGUGCUCUAUAUAGCCUGAAACCACCAACUAUCGUCGUGCCACCCUGCAUUAAAGAGGAUGUAGAGAAGUUAUUCGACAUUCAUAGAUCCAUGGGUCAAGUGGAACUUGAUUUUGAUUUGGUAGCACUUGAUAUUGGGGAAACUUAUGAACUAAGGAACAACCUUGUUGUGAGACCAUUCAAGACUUAUCAUGUUAUACCCAGUCAGGGAUAUGUUAUAUAUUCUAUUAGAAAUAAGUUGAAGAAGCAAUACAUUCAUUUGAAAGGAAAACAAAUCGAGAAACUAAAAAAUUCUGGUGUCGAGAUCACAGACAUGAUAUUAUCUCCCGAGGUUGCAUUCACGGGAGACACAACGUCAGAUUUUUUGCUAGAACCACGUAAUGCCGAUGCACUGCGGGCAAAACUUCUUAUAACCGAGGCAACUUUUCUCGAUGAUAGAUUUAGCAUUGAAGAUGCUCGCGAGCGCGGUCAUACUCACUUAUUUGAGCUCAUUGAACUUGCUCAGUGGAUACGAAACAAAACUGUUUUGCUUACGCAUUUCUCUUCCCGCUACCAUCUUGAGGACAUCCGUCAAGCGGUAUCGAAGUUACAGGCAAAGGUAUCUGCAAAAGUAGUCCCCCUUACAGAAGGCUUCAAGUCCAUGUACUCAUAGACUUAGACUGAGAUUUUGUUAAACUUUUAGGCUAAUGUAAUUAUUCUUGUUGUACUCUUAGAUUCAAAGAUAAAAUCCAAUAUCCAUGUUCAACCUAACUUUUAAACAUUACUUAAAAUGAUAUUAAUUCGAGAAUUUAUCAUGAA